AAGACCAGGUGGCAAAGGAGACAGAGGAGGUGUUUCGGAGCUAUGCCUUCUACCGCUACCAACAGGAGAGGGAAGAGAGUGGGGAGGAAGUGCCCAUGGACCCGGAGAUCGUGGAGAUACAGCAGGAGCUGAACAGCACCGGGAGCCAGGUGGGAAGGCGCCUGGCCAUCAUCGGUGACGACAUCAACGAGCGGUACGACGCGGAGUUUCGCCACAUGCUGAAAUCCUUGCAGCUCACCAAGGAGAACGCCUACGAGUACUUCACCAGAAUAGCUUCCAG